GGCUGAUAAUGUCACUCUUCUGGACAUACACUGUGGGAUGUCUCCUAAGUCUCUUUACUGCAAGCAUUGCAAUCAGCAUACUGCAGCGUGGCUGACUGCCAGCUCCUGAUCUAACCAUCACUUUUGUAUAGCUCACUGCUAAUGUUCUCCAGUGGAUUUCUUCUCCUGGAAACUAAGCCCCCCCUCUUAAUAAUUUUUGCCAAAGAUAUCAGGAUUUCAUAGGAUCUGGUUUUGAGCACAGACAAUUGGGCUGAGUGUAAAUAGUUCCCUGCACACGUGCAUGGGAACUCUUACCAUGUGGUGGACAAGUGCAGAGAAGAUACAGAGCUGAGUUAGUGUGUUCAGGCAAAUGCACUCUGGGAUGAAGAGCAGAUGUAAGAAACUUAAUAUGUACUGUAGCUGAAAUUGAAAACGUGCUUGUAAAAUGCCUAUAAAAUUGACUCUCUACUUGUUACUGGCUCUGUUCUUUGCCCAAGUCCAGUAGGAUCUCAGCUGUUGAGGAAGUUAUACCCAUGCAAUUGCUUUGAAAGUCCAAGAAGUUCAUUCACCAUCCUGUCUCCCUUCAUCAAUCUCUUCCAAGAUCAUCCCAGUGCCAAUUACUACCUUAUGGAUGUUGUUACCAGAAUCUUGCUGUGAUUGGCAAAUAUUCAAAGUGUUCUGCUGCCAUAAGCAGAUACUUACUUUGAUGAAGGAUUUCUGAUGGCAAACAUACAUGUCCUGUUUGAGUUCUGUAUGUGUCGAGAUGAUUUCUUCAAGUUCAGGGAAGGAGUUUAAAGACCAUGGUAGAGAAUUCUCCUUUCUUUAACAACUGAGUAUCAGGGUGGCUGUCAUUCUGCCAAGAGCUCCCAGAAGAAUGAUACUGUCUUCAAAGAACAGGAAUUUCAUGGAAGAAGUUUGUCCUCGUUGCAACUUCCCCACCCCUGGGGCAGAAUGGCUCACUUUCCCUUUUCCCUCUUCUGGCCAAAGAUCUGUGAAAAUGAGAACUAAACUAGUUGCUGAGUGAGCUAUGGCCUGUCCCAUUUGUUUUGGGGUGCUUUGAGCAAUGUUUGAAGGCAUCAUGGGAAAAGCUGAGUUAGCUCAGAGUGUCUUGGUUAGUGCCAGCUAGCUACAUUCUCUCAAUGGGAAUGCAGAGGAGGGUAGAGAAAGAUGAGUUAUGGGUGAAAUGAAUAUUCUGGUUUGCAUCUCUCUUCAGUAAAGACACCAUGUGAUAGGGGGGACUGAAGCAGGAGUAGUCCCUGAAGGACACAGGAGUGUUCUUGAGGUGUGCUCCGCUGUCAGGAUAUCCUAGCAAACAGCAUCCUUGAGGAUGUUAACUUAUAACAAAUGAAAUAAAAAAACAAAUGACAAGAAGUCUAGGGACUAAGUUCCACUAUCCUGAAAGUGACAGGGCUCUGUUCCCUUCCUAUUUUUAGAGCAGAAUGCUUUCACCUGGAGGAAGGGAGGCUGCAACCAGUCAAAGAAUGCAUGCAAGACACAUGAACAAUUCCUGUUGCUCAAGAGGAUGCAUUUUUUUUUUUAAGCUGGCAAGCUGGCUGUUAAAGACAGACCAAUAACAAGGUUUGGUUCCAAUUUCUCUGGCUGCUGGAGGUAUCUGUGAACUUUGCAUUUCUCUGAUAAACUCUAGAAAUUGUAGUGGACUAUUAACCGAGUCCUGUACUGUUCAAAGUAGUCUCAUAGGGUAGGAGGUUAAUACUAAGCCAGCAACACAUGGUAUACCUUGUAUGUAGAGGGAAAGGAACUAACGUGCUUUGGUGGAAAAACUGUCUUCUGUGCACUGUCAAAAAUGCAAAUCUGAGAGGAUGAACCUGUUCUCUGCGAACUGCAAAAGCGCCCUGAGCAAGUUGGUCAGUGCAAGGUAGGACAAUGAGCAAUAUUUCAGCCCAAGGGCAGAUAUGCAAUUUGUGGCAGCAGGAGAGUUAAUACGGUUCGGUUUUAUCGCUGUGGCCCAUGGCAAACACCCUCUCUGUUGCCGAGGCUGCUCCCAUGGAAUGCUCCAUUUUCCCUGGAAUGCAGCAGCCUCUCCAGCUGCGCGUCCCCAGCAGCCCAUGAACUGCAGCAUGAAGGAGCAGCAGCUCUAUUGCUGUAGACUCAUCUUGUCAAUGUACAUAUAGCUGGGGGGAAAACAGCUUAUUUAGCAGCUUUUGCCAUAAGUCUGCCCCUUCUAGUUGGACAGAUGAGCCUGUUUCCCCUGUAGCUAGGCAGCACCUCUGUUUUGAGUCAGGAUCUGGCAAAAGAACAUCUGACCUAGCAGCGACAGACUUGAACAAGGAAAAGAAAGAGAAGACACGAGGGAGUCACGCAGAGUACGGGAACGAUCAGACAACACCUUGGCCGAUAGAGCUUGUGGUUGAUUGGAUGUUUUCUGAAAAGUCACAGAGCGGGAUUUUCUGCGUAGGGCGUUUCCAUCCCCUGCGUUGUCUGUUUUGGCUAUAAAAGCCUGUACUCGGCAUCUGUGAUUCAAACACCGAAAUGAAGUUGAAAAGAAAGGAGGAGGAGAGCUCCGACUACAAUGAAGGUUCAAAGGGGAAAAUGACACUUUCGCUUGCACUGGUAGCACUGCUAUCUGCAUUUGGAUCUUCUUUCCAGUAUGGCUACAACGUGUCUGUGAUCAAUUCUCCAGCCCCGUACAUGCAAGACUUUUACAACCGAACCUACUUCAACAGGAAUGGAGUGCCUAUGGACAGUGGCUUCCAGACGCUGCUCUGGUCUCUUACCGUGUCCAUGUACCCUCUGGGCGGCUUGUUUGGGUCCCUCAUGGUGUGGCCUCUGGUCAACAAUUGUGGCCGAAAGGGCACUUUGCUGAUAAAUAAUCUCUUCUCCAUUGCUGCUGCCAUCCUUAUGGGAACCUCAGAGCUAGCAAAAACAUUUGAAGUAAUCAUCCUUUCACGUGUUAUCAUAGGAAUAUAUGCGGGUCUGGCUUCCAAUGUGGUUCCCAUGUUCCUUGGAGAAAUGUCCCCCAAAAAUCUGAGAGGUGCUAUCGGGGUAGUACCCCAGCUCUUCAUCACUCUCGGGAUCCUUGUAGCUCAGAUCCUUGGUCUCAACAGCAUCCUUGGGAAUGCCAAAGGCUGGCCUGUGCUGCUGGGGCUCACUGGGAUCCCAUCGCUAAUUCAGCUCCUUAUAUUGCCCUUUUUCCCUGAGAGUCCCAGAUACCUGCUGAUACAAAAGGGCAAUGAAGAGCAAGCACGACAAGCUCUGCGGAAGCUGAGAGGCUGGGAUGAUGUGGAUGAUGAGAUAGAAGAAAUGCGCCAAGAAGACCAGUCAGAAAAGGAAGAAGGACAUUUCUCCGUACUCAGCCUGUGCACUUUCAGAGGCUUGCGAUGGCAGCUCAUCUCUAUCGUUGUCAUGAUGAUGGGCCAGCAGCUCUCUGGGGUUAAUGCGGUCUUCUACUACGCAGACAGAAUCUUCCAGUCGGCAGGUGUGGACAACAACAAUGUUCAGUAUGUCACUGUGUCGAUAGGAGCCAUCAACGUUGUCAUGACUUUGAUUGCUGUUUUCAUUGUGGAGUCCCUGGGGAGGAGAAUCCUUCUCCUUGCUGGCUUUGGAUUGUGCUGUGUCUCCUGUGCAGUGUUAACUUUGGCCCUCAAUCUCCAGACCACUGUCUCAUGGAUGUCUUACCUCAGCAUAGUGUGUGUCAUUGUUUACAUCAUCGGCCAUGCUAUUGGAGCCAGUCCAAUUCCCUUUGUGAUGAUCACCGAGAUGUUCCUGCAGUCAUCCCGGCCUGCAGCAUUCAUGGUGGGUGGGUCUGUGCACUGGCUAUGCAACUUCACCGUGGGGCUUGUGUUCCUCUACAUGGAGGCUGGACUGGGGCCCUACAGCUUCCUCAUCUUUUGUGCCAUCUGCCUCGCCACUAUAGUUUACAUCUUCUUUAUUGUUCCUGAGACGAAGAACAAAACCUUCAUGGAAAUCAACAGGAUCAUGGCCAAGAGGAACAAGGUGGAGAUUCAGGAAGACAAAGAAGAGCUUAAGGAUUUCCACAUUGUCCCAGGCAGGCAGGCAGAAAAGAAAAUCUCCAGCAGCAAGCUGUGACCCAGCCCACUGUUUGGGCUGGCCCAGACAUUUUUCAGGAUCUGUUCAGUGGGAGAACAAAUAUAUGGAUUCAUCGUUUGAUACUGAUCUUCAUUCAGACCUUCUGCAAAUUUCCCACAGCAGGAGUUUCCAAAUAAGCCAUUGUGUCUUGAGAGUGUUCUCAUUUUGAGUAAUUAGCAGGACCAUUCUGCUUCAUGGCAUAGCCGCUGCCAAGGCAAAUUACCCAUUCAUGGUAUUUGUCACAAGGAAAGGGCAAUGUCCUCAGCCAGCUCAGUUCCUGUGAUCAAGUGACCUAUGUCAUCAGGUGAUGUAUGUCCCUGGUGUCCUGACUGACACAUCUCGGGGUGACACAAGUCAGCAGCACUUGGGCUGGGUUUUGGUCAGUUGUGUGCAAGGAGUGCACUGUCAUUCAUGUAUUUGAGGGUCCAGCAUGAGUGAUGCCAGGCCUUUGGUCCUCUGGGGUGGAGAGAGUGUCAGUGGUUCUGAGGGAGGUAGUUAGACGGGCUGAUAAUGGCAUUUAUCCUGUCAACUCUUGUCCUUCCUUUGUGUGUUUCAAAGGACCGCUAGACUGGAAAUGCAUAUGACUAUAAUCUCACCCCUACCAUGCUCACCCAACUCUCCUUAAAAUCAAACCCAGUCCUCAGCUGUUGCUGGUGAGUCCUUCCAAAGCCUUAGUCUUGAGGUUAGAAGUCAUCCAUCUGGCUGAUGCUUAUUCACAACCAUUUUAUACCCAUUUGCUCCAGUGGCACUCUAGUCUUUGAGCUGUUUAGCUCAUUUCACUCCCUACUGUUUACACUUCAGUUGCCAAAGAGCAACAGUCCCUUUCUUAAUCCUUUAAUAACCCUCAUAUCCCUACUCUGUAUGCAUGAGCCAGUUGAAGCUCAUUUGUCCCCCCAGACAUACAUGGUAUUGAACUGAAACUUCUGAUGGUUCUUGAUUGAAUGUGGAUUUUAUUCAAAUCCUUACAAAGAAAGCCUCUGCUCUCAGUGCCUUUGAAAAAGAUAAAGCCUUAAAUGAAUCUUUUUCAUCUCAAAUCAGAGACUUUUAUUCUGUUUCCAAUGUCCCCAAACUUGAAAGAUGAAUUAACAUUCAUAACCCAGGUAGUAAUGUGAGUUGAGGGUAAGAACUUCCCUGCUGCAUUGCAGGAGUCAAAUUCAGGUUGAUUCCUGUGCAGUGGGCUACAGGUUGGAGCCUGUGUUUGCAAACAUGUCCAAACUUGUCUUUAGCUUCUCACAUUGAGUUGCUUAAAUUUAGUUUUUGAAAUAACUCAGCUCUCAGGUACUUGAAACCACUUGAAAAAGUCUUCAAAUGGUUUAGAGCUUGGUCUGUCUUCUGGUUUCUGGUUGUGUCCCCUAAGGGCACCAUUCCACUUGAAGGCUAAGUUGGUCUGGAAAAGCUCUGGGUCUAAGGACUCGUGCCAAUUCUCAGAAGAAACUAAAGUGCACACUGAUAAAAAUGGAGGGUUUCUUAAAGUAUGUAUUAGUUUAAGGGGUCUGGGGGUUAAUUAUGGCAUAAUUUAACACGGAGAAAUUAAAUUUAAUUAAUUGUUACGCAGGGCUGCUGCCCUUGGUUUUGAAAAAAGCAUAAUUGUUGAAAAGCCUGGCAUGGA